CUCCGCUCCCGCGCCCGGAUCCGCUCCUCUCCGCUCCUCCCUGCUCCUCUUCGCUCUUCCCCGCUCCUCUCCUCUCCCGCAGCCCCGGUCCGGCCAGUCUCGCCGCUCCGCCCCGCGCUGCUCCUGCCGGGACCCCCUGAGCCACCAUGACGUUCAAGCAAGCAUCCAUGAUGGCCCCAGAGGCCACAGCCACCACGAUGCCCAUGGCCACAAUGGACAACUCCACCGAGGCCUCAGGGCCAGGUGAGAGCAAGGAGGACAUGUUCACCAAGCUGAGGGACAAGUUCAUGAAUGAGCUCAACAAGAUCCCCUUGCCACCCUGGGCCCUCAUCGCCAUCGCCGUGGUAGCUGGACUCCUCAUCCUCACCUGCUGCUUCUGCAUCUGCAAGAAAUGCUGCUGCAAGAAGAAGAAGAACAAGAAGGAGAAGGGCAAAGGCAUGAAGAAUGCCAUGAACAUGAAGGACAUGAAGUCGGGCAACCAGGACGACGAUGAUGCAGAGACGGGUCUGACAGAGGGGGAAGGUGAGGAGGAGGAGAAGGAGCCGGAGAACCUGGGCAAGCUGCAGUUCUCGCUGGACUACGAUUUCCAGGCAAACCAGCUGACAGUGGGGAUCCUCCAAGCUGCUGAACUGCCAGCGCUGGACAUGGGUGGCACCUCAGACCCCUAUGUUAAGGUGUUUCUGCUCCCUGACAAGAAGAAAAAGUAUGAGACCAAAGUGCAGAAGAAGACACUCAACCCUGCCUUCAAUGAGACCUUCACCUUCAAGGUCCCCUACCAGGAGCUGGGUGGGAAGACACUGGUGAUGGCCAUCUAUGACUUCGAUCGCUUCUCCAAGCACGACAUCAUUGGGGAGGUGAAGGUGCCCAUGAACACAGUGGACCUGGGCCAGCCCAUCGAGGAGUGGCGGGACCUGCAGAGCGGCGAGAAGGAGGAGCCAGAGAAGCUUGGAGAUAUCUGCAUCUCCCUCCGGUACGUGCCCACGGCCGGGAAGCUCACGGUCUGCAUCCUGGAGGCCAAGAACCUGAAGAAGAUGGAUGUUGGGGGUCUCUCAGAUCCCUAUGUGAAGAUCCAUCUAUUGCAAAAUGGCAAGAGGUUGAAGAAGAAGAAGACCACAGUUAAGAAGAAGACCCUGAACCCAUACUUCAAUGAGUCCUUCAGCUUUGAGAUCCCCUUUGAACAGAUACAGAAAGUGCAGGUGGUCAUCACGGUGCUAGACUACGACAAGCUGGGGAAGAACGAAGCCAUUGGCAAGAUCUUCACGGGCUGCAACUCCACGGGCACAGAGCUGCGGCACUGGUCCGACAUGCUGGCCAACCCCCGGCGGCCCAUCGCCCAGUGGCACUCGCUGAAGCCAGAAGAAGAAGUAGAUGCAGCUCUUGGGAAGAACAAAUAGGCAGCUGUGCUGGCCCUGUGGACAGUCGGAGUGACCCAGAGCUACUGAUACCUCAGUUCUGCAACCUUUGGUUUUGGUUCUUCUGUUCUGUUUUAAGCUGCAAAACCCUUUGAUGGCUGUGGAAGGGUUUCAGGCCGUCCCAAUAGCUUCCAGGGGAAGAGGUUAAAGACAAGGAUGGUUCUUUUUUGUUCUUCAGCAUCGUUCCCUUCUGCUGCAUGUCCUGUCAUGGCCUCUGCCCACCGUCCCGUCCACGUGCGAAGCCACCGCCACGCCUGGGACCUUCCCUGGCAUCCUCGUCACCAGCCCACAGCAUCUCUGCCACCAUCCUUCCCUCGGGUUGAUGUGGGGAACUACUGGACAUCGCAUGAGGUGACACUGGAGCCUGACAGUGCCAGGUGACCAGACCCACUGUGCUUGCUUGAGGCAUGAGCAGCCUGUGUGGGCAUUGGAACGAUGGAGAAGACCCUCUGCAGGAGACCCGGGCUCCUCCCGCUCCUGCUCUGCUCCCUCUGCCCAGGGAGGCCAAGAGCCGUGGUUUUGGGCCAAGGGUGGUUGAGUGCUCCUGGCCAGCUCCAGGUUUGGCUUCUUCUGGGGAGAGAUUUGCAGGGGUGGCCAAGCCCUGGCAUGGUGGUGGGGUGACGAGCCCUUGGUGCUGCAGCUGGAGCUGGGGGGACCAGUCUGAGCGUGGGGAGCCCCAGGAGCUGCUCAGGGCAGAGCUGGUGGGAUGUGCAUGCAGUGGCAGUGCAGUGUAGACCAGCAGCAGCAGCAGCACUGCUGGGCCACUGCCGUGUUCCCAAGCCAGGACAGUGCUGAGCAAUUUGCUUGUGUGUCCCCCCAUGCUCGGUUGAAACCUGUAGAUCAAGAUGCUUCCACAAGGCAGGUUUACACUGAGAGGUCUCCAGAUGUGAGAGGUGCCAGGGGCCUCCCCAAAGGCCAUCACGUGUCCCCAGGGCUCAGCCCCACCUGGGCACCCCAGCCCAGCCUUGGGGCAGUGUGAGCUCCAGCCCCACUGCCACAUCCCACUGCCGUGAUGCCCAUGGGGAGGAUGAGAGUGACCCUGUGGCCAACAAGGGACCAAAGCCCCCAGGCCCCCUGAGCUGCUGGUCCCCACUGGGCUGGUGGCUGCUGAACCCACC